AUGGCUGUAGUGUUGAAGCGGGGGAGAGUGAAGCGGCGGAUUUUUGAUUCGAUUAUAGAGAACUUUACAAGGGCUGUACCCAAUAACUCCGACGAUUUCAAGAACCGUAUGCUCAGGCGGAACCCAUAUGUAUGGCUGUUUGAAACCACGGCUGCAGCAGCCCCAAAAUAUGGCAAUUCUGAAUGUCAGAAGGUACUUGAUCCUGUUCCUCCUCAACAGGCCUCCAGAGAGCAUUCCCAAAAUGAUGGAAAGCACGGGGGGGUUGUACCCAAUAACUCCGACGAUUUCAAGAGCUGUAUGCUCAGGUGGAACCCAUAUGUAUGGCUAUUUGAAACCACGGCUGCAGCAGCCCCAAAAUCUGGCAAUUCUGAAUGUCAGAAGGUAGAUGACAUGAUUCCUGUUCCUCCUCAACAGGCCUCCAGAGAGCAUGAGCAUGAUGGAAAGCACGGGGGCUCGAUGAAGCGGGGGAGAGUAAAGCGGCAGAUUUUUGAGUCGAUGAUAGAGAAUUUUACAGGGGCUGUACCCAAUAACUCCGACGAUUUCAAGAGCUGUAUGCUCAGGUGGAACCCAUAUGUAUGGCUAUUUGAAACCACGGGUGCAGCAGCCCCAGAAUAUGGCAAUUCUGAAUGUCAGGAGGUAGUUGAUAUGAUUCCUGUUCCUCCUCAACAGGCCUCCAGAGAGCAUGAGCAUUCCCAAAAUGAUGGAAAGCACGGGGGCUCUGUCGUCAACACCAUUAUUACUGGCAAUAUAAUUUACGCUAACAAUUCCACCAAGGUAGGAAUUUCGCUUUCUAAUUCUAUGAAUGAGCAAAACAAAACGUCUGCAAAGACAACCAAGCGCGACGAACUGAGGUUUGAAAAGCCCUUAGAUCCUGAUGAUUGUUUUCACCUCGAAGUUGUGGAUCAAAUUGUAGGGAAGCCAUUCAUUGAAUCAAGCCUCACAGAUCCUAUAGGGAAUAUUGAUACUUUGACGGCACAAACCAAGACCAUUGAGGUUUUGCAAAAUAAUCCUUUUGAAGUUCAAUCCUUGGAGUCUAAUUUAUGUCUAUUGCAUAUGGGAAGUGUCUACAAGGAUGCAAGGUUAUUUUCUAAGAUAUUGGCAUUGAAAAGUAAAGAACCAGCGGAAUCUAUCUACCUCAACAAAGAGACAGGGGGCUCUUGCAGCAACAGAAGCCUCGGAGUAGCACAGCUCUUUCAAAACACAUCAAGGCCUGAAGUAAUCCAAUGCCAGAAGAUUGAUCAGAUGGUCAAAGAACAAAGCUUGACCAACAUGUUCUGUGGCCUUGAUGAUCAAUCUGCAGGAUUAAAUAUCAAGUUCAAUUUUCAAGUAGGGGCUGGAAAUCUUUAUGGAAGAAUCAAUAAAGGGGCGCCAAGGGCAUGGUAUGAGGAAAUAAACUCAUAUCUCAUUGACUAUGGAUAUACAAGGAGUUCUAGUGAAGCAACCCUUUAUGUUUCAAUUUACGUUGAUGAUAUUGUGUAUACAGGAAGUAGUGAAGAAUUGAUUGCUGAAUUCAAGUAUGAAAUGAUGAGAAGAAAUAUGUGUGUGACACUGUUGAGCAAGUUUGGCUUAAAGCAAUGCAAGCCUGUUAGUACUCCUCUGGUGGCAAGUGAAAAACUUUGCAAAGAUGAUGGCAGUAAGCCUACUGAUGAGAAUGAAUAUGGGAAGAUUGUGGGGAGCUUGCUGGUCUUGAGGUACAUACAAGGAACUAUGGGUGGCAUUUUAAACCGAAAAACCGAAAAACAGCAAAAAACCAACCGAGAACUCGUGCUUGUUGAGGGCAUCUUGGAUGAGUUGCUUGAGCUCCUCAAAAGCCUUCUUCUGCGGCUCGGGAAUCUCACCAACAACAUAACUCUCUCCCCACCCCCGUUUGGUUUUUGCGGUUUUGCCGACACCGUCCGCAUUUCUCGGUCAACCGCAUUUUCUCGGACGGAUGCGGUAUCAAAUAUGUCAAUACCGCAAAAUCACGGUCAGUUUGCGGUUUCUCUGAAAAUUUGCGUUAAAGCUGAAUAUCUCAGUGCGAGUGAAGCUACUACUCAAGCCAUAUGGUUACGUUUUGUGCUAGAGGACUUUGGAGAAUUGCAGACAGAAGCAACUCCACUGAUGGUAGAAAUCCCGUGUUUCAUCAAAAGACAAAACACAUCAAUUGUAGGUAUCAUUUCAUUCGUGAAGCUUUGCAAGAAGGAGUUAAUAGAUUUGAGAUAUUGCAAGUUUGAGGAGCAGAGCAGGAAUUUUGGAUUCUAUGAAGGAGGCCUUCAACGAAGGCGCCAACUCCACAGUUUUAGUGGCAAAACUAGACGUCUGCCAACAGGCCCGAGUUUUGUAUUUGUACGCACCGUUGGUGGUGUAAGCGCAGGGUGUAGAGAAGAAUAG